AUGCGUGGCGACUCUUUUAUCUGGUCGCUAACCACGGCCGCCUCGCUCCUGUAUGCCACCGUCGAGUCUCUCCAGGUUGUCAAGAGAGAUAACCCGUCGAUUGUCGGAUUCGAUAUCGAGCGUUUCCAGGUUGCAAAGCCAGUCCAUCGAGACAUCAUCGCCAAAAGAGCCUCGGGCAAGACCGUUAGUCAAGACCUGGAUAACCAGACUAUUCGUGCGCACAUCGACACUGGCAGCAGUGAUCUAUGGGUCAAUACCGACGACUCACAGUUCUGCAGCUCAAGACGGUCGCCAUGCAGAGAGGGUGGCACAUUCGACUCCUCGAGUUCUAGCACCUAUCAGCUUGUCUCCAACGACUUCAAUAUAUCUUACGUCGAUGGAUCAGGCGCCAGUGGUGAUUACGUCACGGACGUCAUCGAAGUUGGAGGCAUCCAGUUGAAAGAGUUCCAGUUUGCCAUCGGCCAUACUUCGUCCAGUCCUCUUGGUGUUUUGGGAAUUGGAUAUGAAGCUGGUGAAGCCCUGGUUUCCAGGUUCGGUGAUGAAUCAUAUCCCAACCUUCCUGCUGCCCUUGUUAAGGCAGGCCACAUCCGCUCAAACGCAUACUCUCUCUGGCUCAACGACCUAAGCGCCAGUCGUGGCCAGAUCCUCUUCGGUGGCGUAGACACCGGCAAGUUCGAGGGCAAACUCCAAACCGUGCCUGUCCUUCAUACCAGCGGUGGCGAUUACACCUCCCUCGUCAUAGCUCUAACUAGCGUUGGGAUCCGGACUGCCUCCGAAGGCAGCCUCGACACCUUCCCAGCCCAACCAGUCGCCGUCGCCAUGGACUCCGGUAGCAGUCUGAGUUACCUCCCCGAUGCUCUCGCGGCCAAGAUCUAUAACUCCAUUGACGCCGUGUUCGAUCCAUCCAACAACCUCGCAUUCGUCCCUUGCUCAAUGGUUAAUGACGACAGAAAGCUUGUCUUCACCUUCUCCUCGCCCCAGAUCACUGUCGGCAUGGACGAGCUUGUCAUUGAUCUUGGGCCGGAUGCCAACGGCAACGAAGCUACCUUCAGAGAUGGCUCAAAGGCCUGCGUCUUCGGCAUCGCACCUGCAGGCCGCUCGAUCUCUAUUCUAGGUGACACCGUGCUCCGCAGCGCUUAUCUCGUCUACGAUCUAGAUAACAAUGAGAUCUCCAUUGCCCCGACCCGGUUCAACUCCACCGUUACCAACAUUAUGGAAAUUGGAACCGGCAAGAAUAGCGUACCCGACGCGACUGGUGUGCCAAACGCCGUGACAAGCGCUCCAAUCACCCAGGCUACCGGCCUUUCCGGAAUCGAGACCGGAGUCCCUGGCGCAAGGCCUACCUCACGGGGGGCUGCUCCCACAAUGAGGCCAGACGUCACCUUUGGCGUUGCUGCUGCUGGCCUUGCCGGUGCUGGUAUACUCUUCGCCUUUAUGUAA